UGCGCGACUGAACACGGCUGUGGAUGUGAGGAGUGUUCAGGUUAUUAAAUAGGAGCUUUCUUAGUGUUUCGGUCGUCCCGGGCCGGGGGGAUGCUGAGCCCCGGGUCCCACACUUUGCCACAGCGAUCAUAAGGAGCUCUGCACCCGCAGCAUGUCUUCUGCACGGAGAGAAGCGCAGAGCACACCGAGGGCCUCGCUCCUCACCCGGGCUCUCCUACUCACCACCAUCGCUAUCGGCUCUACUAUGGCAGCCGUAGGUCAGUGCCCCCGCAGCCUGGACUGCGCCCGAGAGGGCCGCCACUUUUGCCAGCCCGGCUCGUCCCACUGCGGCCCCUGCCUGGCUCCUCUGGUGGAGAAUAAGAAAGGGAAAUGUGUGGUCAGGAGACGGAACCACUUCAAAGUGGAUGAGCUCCCUGAGCUAGAUGAAGAGAUUGACUUUCUCUCCUCCAUCAUCACCAAACACAGAGAGUCUGAGAUGAAAUAUACAGCGCCCUCUCAGGUUACUCCUAAAGUGAAGGAGGACCCCUCACAGCUAAGAGGUCACUACAGACCAGUAGCCUCUCCCAGCUAUGCCCCGACAGGACGUCCUGUAUCCAGCGCACUGACCACAUCGUCACGAACGACCAGCCCAAGCUCUCCCAGUCCCAGUCCCAGCCCCGGCAGGCCCCUGUUCUCAGCAGUGCAGAGCGCCCCCAUCAUCAUCCCCUACCCCUCUGAGGACCACUCUUUCAUCAUUAUGACAGGAGUGUGUCUCAUGGUGGGUUCAGUGGCCUUGGUCCUGGCUGGAGUGUGUUGGCUCAGGAUGCAGAGAGGAAGUCGUCUGGCUCAGAAAGUGGACUAUCCAGCCUUCGGGGUGAUGAGCCCUCAUUCUUACGACAGCACUUCUUCUGGAGAUAAAAAGCUGGCCCAGAGCGCUCAGAUGUACCACUAUCAGCAUCAGAAGCAGCAGAUGUUGUCUCUGAAGCAAAGAGAUGAACCCAAGAUACCAGAAUCAGGAGCCACUUCUGAUGAGGAGAAUGAGGAUGGAGACUUCACUGUGUAUGAAUGCCCUGGACUCGCUCCAACUGGCGAGAUGGAAGUGAAGAACCCUCUGUUUGAUGACUCCACUCUCAACCUUCAUCUUCACCUUGAUCUUCAGAGGAGUUACAACUAAACCCGGACGUUCCUGCACGGUCACACUGAAGAUACGUCAGCACCACCGCGAUCAAAUCACUCUCUCAACCAUACCGGCAUUUUCUCCAGUUACCCUCUGGACACUGUUUGCCAUCUGGAGGAAAGCAGUUAAGAGAUAAAAGAAGGAAAGAGAAGACUGCAUGGACAGCACAGACUCUUGGUGUCUUGUGGGCAGCUGGUUCAGUGUUGUAGAGUUCGCUUUCUCCUCCUGCUGUUUCUCCUCUUCAACCUUCAUCUCCAUCCAGUGUUUAUUUAUUUAUUUAUUUACUGACUGUUACGUAUAGUGUCUCUAGAAAGUGGACUCAAGACACAGUUAAGUGGGUAAUUAACUUAUUGACCUGCCUUUAAACACAGAUACACCUGCACAGAUACCAGAUACCACCCCCCCCCACACACACACACACCCACCCCUACCCACACUGUUCUGCAUGAUGGCUUGUUCAUUUUCUCAUGAACUGAGCAUUUUGUCAAAUACUCACUGUUGGAGUCCUUGAUACACUGCCAACGUUUUGAAGCGAAGGCCUCUUUUUUCUCUGUUUUGUCCGGUAUGUAUUGCUUAGUAAUGCUUCAUUUUUUCAUCGUAGAUUUCAGCCCUGCAGCAGGAAGACAUACGUUUGUGUAACCUUCAAAAGUCGUCAGUGUACCAUGGCCUUUACAGUAUAUGCACGCCUCAGUAUAGACCAUAAAGUGCAUGGCCAUUCAACUAGCCAUGUUCAUCACCAUGGACAGCUCCGCCACAUGGAGAAACAUCUGCAUCCGGUCCUACUGUCUGCACUCGCCAGUUCCAGGAAUCCUUACUGGAUGUUUCCUUUAGGAAAAAAGGCUUUAAACUUUGCACACUUUCAACUUCACUCGUUCCCUCGAAGCUUGAAGGACAAGCACUGCUGUACUGUACAGAAGUCUUAAGCUGUUUAUCUGGACAGUUAUCAUUUACUUGCUUAGAAAAAAUUCUAACAUUAGCGUAAAUACAAAUAAACACAAGUUGUGUUCUUUUCCCUCAGUUUUCUCCCCAGUUUAGUCGUUUCCAAUUCCACCCACUGGUUAGGGCUCCUCCCAUCACACGAUCCAGAAUUUAUACUUUUUACUGCUUUUGUAACCCUUUACAAAUAAAAUAAUGCUACUCCAGGUAGCUACUCCACAAGUAAUGCAGAUACAGGUAGAUUUAGUUCCAAGUUAUUUUAAGUAUCAGCAUCGGCAGAUUAUGUACUUAAAAAUAUCAAAUAUCUGCGUUAGCCCACUAUUUCCAUAUUUUUGCAUCCUUAAUAUCAGUACCGUUGCAGAAAAUGGGAAAAUGUUUUUGUUUUUUUACCAUAUUCAUAUUCAUUGCAUUUAUUACAAUGUUAUAAGCCAUUUUAUAUGUACACAUUGCCCAGAUAAGUAGUUUUAAACAACCUUCUGCUCAGUGCUGCAUAGUGGAUUUUAUUGGCACCACCUCUGGGCCUGUAUGUUUAAAGUGUUGAGGGCUGAUCUGGGAUCAGCUACGCCUCUUUAAACGGAUUUGGGUUGACUAGAAUAUGGGCGGCAGCACUGAUCCCUGAUCAGCACUGUGAUGUGUUUGAUGCAUAUGCUCCCAGGGCUCAGGUUCAGUAUCAGGUCACUACUCAGCCAUCCUCUCUGCCUUUUAUUUGUACAAUAUUGUGAAUACUGUGCAAUGGAAACUGAACUCAUGCAUAGAACUACUUGAUGCUUAAACAUAUCAAACCAACAGAUGUUAGACGUAAUAUCCCAUAUGGGUAGAGACGUAUGGGCAUAACGGAUUUGAAAAACUAGAGAGUUAGAGUGUAAAAUAAAAAACAAAUGCAACAGAAUGUUGACUUGCAGUACAUGAGGUCUAUGUAUGUAUGAAGAAGCCACACUAAAUAUGUAAUUUACAUAUGUCAUGUUUCUUUCUACCAAAGUAGAGUCAGUGAUGGUAUUUUUUAAGAAGCACCAGUUGUGGUUUUAAUAUUUUCAUAAUUGUGCACAUAUGAAUAACCCUAAAUUAUGAUGAUGUAGCCUUUGUAUAGUCCCGUAUGGUCCUACUAUGCAUGAUCUGAAGCUGUGGAAUGGUAAAGGGAGUCGGUAUGCAUUUAUGGUCCUUUGCAAAUUGCUUAAAUAAACCUAUACUUACAGUGUG